CUACCUUCUCAGCUUUAGUGUUCAACUCUUGGUUUCCUCAUCCAUGGCUCAUUUCCUAGUUUUUCUUUCGUUCUUUUUGCUUGCAGUUGAAGCAUGUCAUGCUGCUUUGCCUGCAGAUCUCUACUGGAACUCAGUCUUGCCCAACACUCCCAUGCCAAGUGCCAUCCACGAUAUGACACGUCCUGGUGUGUUUGGAGGUGAGAAGGGGGACAAAUCCGACGUUCGUUUAGGGUGGCGCAGAGCCGAUACUGUGUGGGGCAAAGCCGUCACUAAGGGCCAAAUCCAGGAUCCCUCCGUAACCAACUUCUUCCUUGAGAAAGACUUGCACCCGGGUGCCAAGAUGACGUUGCACUUCAUCCGGACCAUCACCGGCGCUACCCUUCUUCCACGCCAAGUCGCCGACUCCAUCCCCUUCUCCUCCGCCAAGCUCCCGGAGAUCCUUUCCCGCCUCUCCAUCACGCCUAACUCCAUCGAAGCCAAGGCCAUGAAGAUGACCCUUCAAGACUGCGAGGAGCCGGCGAUCGAUGGAGAGACCAAAUACUGCGCCACCUCGGUCGAGGCCAUGGUAGAUUUCAGCACGUCCAGCCUUGGGACUCGUGACGUCCAAGCCCUGUCGACGGCGGUCGAUAGGGAGGGUACACCGAAACAAGUUUACAGCAUAUCCAAGGUGCAGAAGCAGCCUAGCUCUAAGGUGGUGUUUUGCCACGGUGAGAACUACGCAUAUGCUGUGUUCUACUGCCACACGAUACGCGCAGAGACGUACAAGGUGUCGAUGGUCGGGAAGGAUGGGACGAAGGUGGAGGCGGUGGCUGCAUGCCACACCGACACGUCCGGAUUCAACCCCGAGCACGUCGCCUUCAAGGUGCUCAACGUCAAGCCGGGGACGGUGCCCAUCUGCCACUCCCUACCGCAGAGCGAUAUUGUUUGGACUCCCAAAAAAUAGAGCAUCUCAUCGUUGGAGAUGAAGGUGCGAUUGCCCUAGAAAGCUUCUACAGAAGAUUUCUUUGGCUAGGCUAUCCUAUUGUACAGUUUCCUUUGUCAUGGCGCCUGUCAGAUGUUAUGGUGAUGUAUAUGUAUUCCUGUUGCAUAAAUAAAAGUAGAAUUAUGUAUGUAUGAUGAGGUGAACUUUUCUUGUGUCAUUUAUUGGUGAUGUAUAUGUAUUCCUGUUGUAUAAAAAUAAAAGCAGAAUUUCCGUUGUAAG